AUGUCUGACGGAACUCCCAAGCCGUCCGCUCUCGCCGCCAAGGUGGACAAGAAGCGCAAGCGCCAGGCCGAAGACUCCAAGCCGAACGACGCAAAGCCGACUGGCAGCACCAGCGAAGGCCCGAACAAGAAGCGCAAGGGCGGCAAGAACUUCAAUGACCGGAAGAACAAGGGCAAGGGCAAGGGCAAAAAAGAUGACAAGGGCAAGUCGGAUCAGAAGCCCGCUAAGAAGGAGCCUGUCGAUACCAAGGUGACGGAGACCAAGGGCGGCAUCGAUGAAGCGAUUGGAAAGAUGGACGGCCGGUUGUUGGCCGAUCACUUCGUGCAGAAGGCUAGGCGCCAUAACAAGGAGCUGAGUGCGGUUGAGCUUAGUGAUCUGUCUGUGCCGGAUUCCGCGUUCCUGGAUACGUCGGCGUUCGAACAGACCCGCUCCCUGGAGCAGCUUCCCGCGUUCCUGAAGGCGUUCAGCCCGAACAAGGGGGCUGACCUUGCGAAGGCAUCGGAGGAGAAGGGUACCCCGCACACUUUGGUUAUCUCUGGUGCUGCGCUCAGAGCUGCCGACGUUGUUCGGGCUCUCCGUUCGUUCCAGACUAAAGAAGCUAUUGUCGGAAAGUUGUUCGCCAAGCACAUCAAGCUGGAGGAGGCCAAGCAGUUCCUGGAGCGCGCACGCACGGGCAUUGGAGCCGGCACCCCAGCUCGUAUCUCGGACCUUAUUGAAGCAGGUCUAAUCGUUACAGGCUCCCUCAAGUUGGGUGAACUAGAGCGCAUUGUCAUUGACGGAUCCUACGUGGAUCAGAAGCAACGAAGCAUCUUCGACAUGAAGGAGACGCACCUCCCGUUGUUGCAGCUUCUCACACGGCCAGAGUUGCGGGAGCGGUACGGCGCAGCAGAGAAGAAGAUUAAGAUCUUGGUCUUUUAG